AUGUCCUUUGAAAACUUACAUAAAGAAACUGAAAAAUUAUUAACUGCAGAAGUUGACAAAAUCGUCACUCAAUUUGAAAUUGGUCCUGAAAAAUUAGACCAAUUAACAGCCCAUUUUAUCGAAGCAAUGGAAAAGGGUCUAAACCCGGAUUUAUCCAAGGAUAAUUCUCGUGGGUUACCAAUGAUCCCCACUUACGUGACUGGUAAACCUAACGGUUUAGAACAAGGUAUCCUUAUGGCUGCUGAUUUAGGUGGAUCUCAUUUUAGAGUUUGUUCAGUGAAAUUGAAUGGGGAUCAUACUUUCACUAUUGAACAAUUGAAAUCUAAGAUUCCUGAAGAAUUGUUAGAUGAUGAUAAUGUUACUAGUGAAGAAUUAUUUAGUUUUUUGGCAAGAAGAACUAGAGCUUUCAUUAAGAAAUUUCAUCCAGAGGUAUUCGCUAAUGCAGGGAAACCAAAUCAAGAAUCUUUGAAAAUGGGGUUCACUUUCUCAUACCCUGUGGAUCAAAAAUCUUUGAGUCAUGGUACUUUAAUUAGAUGGACUAAAGUGUUUAAGAUUAAAGAUACUAUAGGUAAGGAUGUUGUAGAAUUAUUCCAACAACAAUUGGAUGAUCAUGGAAUGGAUAUGAUUAGAAUUGUGGCUUUAACUAAUGAUACUGUAGGUACAUUCUUAACACAUUGUUAUCAAACUGGUGAUCAUGAAACUAUGACAGGUGAAAUCUCUGAACCUGUCAUUGGUUGUAUCUUUGGUACUGGUACUAAUGGAUGUUACAUGGAAAAGAUUGAAAAUAUUAAGAAAUUACCUGAAGAUACAAGAAAUAAAUUACUUUCCGAGGGUAAGACUCAUAUGGUUAUUAAUACUGAAUGGGGGUCAUUCGAUAAUGAAUGUAAAGUCUUACCAACUACAAAAUAUGAUAUUGAUAUUGAUCAAAAACUAUCAUCUAAUCCAGGGUUCCAUCUUUUCGAAAAACGUGUCUCUGGUAUGUUCUUGGGUGAGAUUUUAAGAAAUGUCUUGGUUGAUUUACAUUCUCGUAAUUUAAUUUUAACUCAAUAUCGUACUCAUGAUCAAUUACCUCAUCGUUUAAAGACUCCAUUCCAAUUAUCUACUGAAGUUCUUUCAAGAAUUGAAAUUGAUGAUUCUUCAAAUUUAAGAGAAACUGAAUUAUCAUUCUUACAAAGUUUAAGACUACCGACCUCUUUAAAUGAACGUAAAAAUAUUCAAAGAUUAGUUCGUGUUAUUUCAAGAAGAUCUGCAUAUUUAGCAGCUGCUCCAAUUGCUGCCAUUUUAAUUAAGACUGGAUCUUUACAUCAAAGAUAUCAUGGUGAAGUAGAAAUUGGUGCUGAUGGUUAUUUAAUUGAAUAUUAUCCAGGUUAUAGAUCAAUGUUAAGACAUGCUUUAGCAUUGAGUCCAAUCGGUACUGAUGGUGAACGUAAGACUCAUUUGAAAUUAUCUAAAGAUGGAUCCACUACAGGUGCCGCUCUUUGUGCUCUUGUUGCAUCUACUGCAUAA